AUGGGCCGUGAGAAACUUGAGGAAGCCAUCGCAGUCGUUGCUGCCAAGCUGGAGGAGUCUCUCGAUUCUCCCACUGAAGACGUUCUGGACCAAGGGCUAUCUCUUUUCGAGGAGGUGGAGACGUACUUGACCCACUCCGUGUACGACAGCGACUCCGAGAGCAAGCCCGAUACAAACAUCGUAGUUCUCGGAACGACGGGGACCGGGAAGAGCACAAUCGUGUCGUUCCUCUUUGGCGAGGGUAGAAUGCUCGUGCACCACGAAACUCCGUUCUCCCGUGUCCUGGUGUCGGAUCCUCCACUACAUGGCGUGUCUAUCCGAAGUGGGUGUGACUCUACCACCUUACUCCCGAUAUGCAACCACGUUAAGCUUGGCGAAGAGGUGAUUGCCGCCUGGGAUAUGCCCGGCAGUCGAGACACGAGAGGCCCGUUUGUGGAGCUGCUCGUGCACUUUAUCUUCAAGUGGAUGCUGGUCGACGACAAGACGCUGCGCUUUAUCAUCGUGAGUCCGCCACUGCACGAGCACCCGCAGAUCGCCUCCCUCCAGAAUACGAUCAAUGGGUCGCUCAUUCGUCCUGAAAAUGCAGUGAUCGUGUACACAAAGUGCAGCUGGGACUUUGAUCCUGGCAGCACGUCGUUCGCGCUGCCUGCGCCAGUGCAAUCCGACGAGGAAGGACACGACUAUUCGGCGCAAUACCAAGAGGAGAAGAGCGAAAUCUUGACUGCGUUGACGAAACUGCGCUCGGAUUCGGUGAAUUUUGAGGAUCCGCUGCCUGACGCCGCUCAGCGCUUGCUCGACAAGUUCAAGGAGAGCAGCGUCGCGUUCGCUCGAGAUAAAAUCUCAAAAUGCUUUUUGAAGGUGUACGACUGGAAGGCGUACCGUGGAUCGCUGGACGAGAUGGAAAAUACCCUCGAUGCAUUGAAGACGACGGAGAAAUUGUCGCUCGAAGCUGUGCUCGUUCUCAUUAGUCGACUGAUUCCAACGAAAGAUGGCCACGUUCACAGCGAUGAUGACAUUACCCAGGCUAGCAGACGGCUGCAUCAUGUGGGAAUCUUGGUUGGGACUGCGCACCACAACUUGUCAAGGUCAACAAGGAGGCAAUGCGCAAAAUGGCGUCCCGACGCCAUCUCGGCGCUGGAGAACGCCAAAGAGAAGCUCGUGGGGCUAAGGAAUGACGUGAAGGCUUACCACCGCUCGGAGAACGCAUUCCACCUGCGUUUGUCUGAAGAGCAAGCUGCGAUCGAAAAGUUCGUGAAGAAGCGCGAAAUGGCGAUUGAUGGCGUCGACACGAUCCCCAACGUGAUUCUCAUCGGCUUCGCCUCUCUUGAAGUGGAUUUGGGGCUGGAAAUGUGGGCAAACGUGGCGCUUGUGAGUCCGUCAAUCCAAGUGACUACCGAGCGUGUCUUCGAUUUAUCUGCAGUAGGCCAAGCGCCGAGUGCUGAGAAGUGCAAUGAUGUGGCUGGGCAAGACGGUAUUCAUGGCGAACCGGGGCUUCCUGGCGGAAACUUGGCCGUGGUUUGCGACAACCUCACAGACGAGAAGCAAAUGCUGCGCGCUAGUCUCUCUUCUGGCCAACGUGGGGGCGAUGCCCAACACGGCGGUGACGGGAUCAGUGGCGCCGACUCGAGGUACGACAAGAACGCAUUCUUGGACGCGAUCAACGCUGAAAUCGACCGAGGACUGCUCUUCGAGACCGACAAGGAGCUGCCCAGGAAUCUGGAGGGAGGCCUUCGCUUGAUUCGAUUCGAAGAAGUUGAUUCUCCGCUCGGUGGAAUAUUCUAUGGGUCCCCGGGGAGGAAGGAUCUUACCAUUACAAGGGAAUCCGACGUUGGGAGCCUGCGAAACCCUGCUGGAAGUGGUGGUCGAGGAGGGUUUGGCGGUAAAGGAGGCGUGAUCGUUAUUCGCUCGGCUCGGGAUGUUUGGGGAGGAGCUGGCUUGGUUGGUGGUCAUCAAGGUCUCGAUGGCAUAGGAGGAGCGGUGUCUCGCGAUGGCUUCAGUAGCCCGCGCUUUACUGCUACGAUCCAGCAAUGGUACUAUAGAGGCGGAUGGUUCAGCAGCCCUUGGCCGACGCCAAAGAUCAAAGCCAUUGCUGAGCCCGUUCCUCUCGAAGACCAAUCGAAGUUCAUCCACGCGAAGCCUGCAAUGGGGGAAGGAGCGGGGGCAUUCGACAACACGGGUCUUGGUCUUGGGUUUGUGAGAACCACGUACGAAGGGCACCAUUCGCAGCUGGCGUCCGCGUUCUGCAACUGCGACUUCAGCGAUCUGAUGGUCAAAUGGGAGUAG